UAUCGCCCGCUGAACGGGCCGCCUAACGUCAUAGUAGUACAUGUAGCAACAGCUGCAUCAAGGUACUACAAGCCGCUGAGCACCGCCCCCCUUUUUUUUCUCACCAGCCGCCGCUUCGCGCUCAAAUCGGCACGAGUGGAGAACAGAACAGUUAAGUGACGUAAGGAGAUGCAUUGCUUGUGGCUCCUGUUCGCAGCUGCGCUGUGCUCCAGCGCUGCGUAUGGUUUCAAGGCUGCCGUUUAUGAGCAUGUACAGGAUGUCUCGUCUAAAGAGAGGUCACAAGCAGUCAAUGCGAAUUUAGCAGCCUACAAAUUGGCCACUGCAAAUGCAUCCCGUGAGAAAGCGGACAUUAUUGUUUUUCCGGAAGAUGGCAUCCUUUAUCGAUUCAAAGACCGUGAAGAAGUGGGCAAGUGGGCGGAGGACAUUCCAGAGGCUGGCGUAGUGCCCUGCGGGUCUGAGAACACACCACUUUUGUCUAACCUCAGCUGCCUGGCAAAAGACCAUAAAAUAUACCUGGUGGCCAACAUCGUCGAUAAAAAGCCUUGCAAUGAGAGUGAACACGGCUGUCCUCGCGACAAGGUCAAGUAUUUCAACACUAACGUGGCCUUUGACCGCAACGGAACACUUGUCUCCAGGUACCAUAAAAACCACUUGUUUGUGGAGCCCUUGAUGAACCCUGCUGACCCAUACGAAUUUGCCGUCUUUGACACGGACUUCGGUGCCCGGGUGGGCCUUUUCAUCUGUUUUGACGUCCUCUUUGCUGAGUCAUCUCUGCUUGUUGAGAAACAUAAUGUCACCUUGGGCGUCAUGAGCAGCUGGUGGUUCGACGAGCUUCCUGCCUGGUAUUCAGUUGCAGUGCAGCAAGCCUGGUCCAUCCACAAUGGGAUUCCCCUGCUGGCAUCGGGAAUCCAGCGAUUGGAUAUGGGCUCCCUGGGAAGCGGCAUAUAUGCUGGACUCCGUGGCCCGCUCAACUACACCUACAGUCCAGAUGGGAUGAGCAAGUUGCUGUUGGCUGACCUAUCGAACACCACAUCACUGGAUCCCAGGUACCCUGGUGAUGUGCUCCAUCCGAAGAAGCGCGUCUUGAAGUAUGCAGAUGUUAGCGACCAUGCUGCGCAGGAGAUAACGCAACCCAGUGGCGAUAGUCGCGUCUGCCAUGGAGACUUCUGCUGCUCACUCUCAUACGAGACGGAAGAACUGCGUGACAAGUUUGUGCUGCUCGCCAGGAACGGCCAGCAGAAUAUUGCCAAUUACAUGGAGUUGGGCAUGCAGCACUGCAUCCUCGCCGUGUGCGAAUCGGUAAAUGGCACUAUCUGCAAGUCCUUCACAACCAAGUCGGCAACAAAGUUCACCAAGCUGCAGUUGACGGGCGCGUUUGCAACAAAUGCCAUCUUCCCCGUGCUGGCCUCGAAUGAGCUGGCCCUGACGCCCAAGGAAAAGUGGCAGUUUGAGACAACUGCGGCCAAUGUGAGCAGCCUGACUCUCAAAGAAAAUGGCAAGGACGAAGACAUUCUGCAGGUUGUACUGUAUGCCCGCCUCUACGACAAGGACAGGUUUAUCCACUGAUUUGGCUCGUACUGCUCGUUAUAGCUGCAGACCUCGUGCUGUACAUGUCAUGUGCUACACAUGCACAUGAUGACAAUCACAACUGUCCUCUGUGUCUACCAGUCAUAUUCUGGGAUUCAAGAAAGUGGCUUUUUGCAUAUUUGGUUGCACUUUGGUUAUAGUUUGCUCCUUAGGUUAGAUGUGUUUUUGCUGCAUCAGACUGUUAUUUCUUUUUUGGCUUUUGCUUCCUUAAAGCUUUAUUGAUUGUGAGUCCCACCCAGUCAUGGUAUUUAGACAACGAUCAAGCAUAUUCAUGAAGUAUGUUAAUGGACGUGUAAUUUGCAUCAUUGCUAUCAGCUCAUUGAUAAGAUGCAACAAUAAUUCAAAUGAAAAUGCGAAAUGUAUGCAAUAAUAAGAUGAAAAAAGAUAAAAAGGGUCAGAUAUUGGUAUGCAGGUCAUUUUGCAGUUGCCUCUAGCCUGGCUGUUCUUACCAUUUCUUAUUAAAAAGACAACACACAAAACGCAGCAUUGCUAGAACAUUUGCACGAUUUAACUUGAGAUCUUAACGCCAACAAAAUAAGCUGUCCUCUGAAAUUUAUUAUGUGUCUCUGAUACUUAGUCACUAUUUGCAGUAUAUUUUUACUGAUCACUGUGAUGCUACCUUUUAAUGCCUGUUCAAUAUGCAAGUACUGUCAACUGCUCAUAGCAGUUUUAUUUGACGGUUGCUUCUUGCACUAUUGGCUCACUUUUUUGUGGUGUGGUAAAAGUCAUAGUCACAUUUUACUGUUCUUAAUGUCAGCAAGACAGCUUGUAUGGAAUACUCUUUAUCAUUAGUCUUCAUUUUUUGAACAAAAGGCUUGAGGUGCCAACCUAUUAUGGUAAUGCAGACUUUCCUUAAGCUGCUGUAAAAGUACACUGGACCAAGUGUGUGAGGAGGCUUUCCUUUUGUGCACUGUGCAAGAAGGUAAACUACUUCAAUUACAUUCUAGUAAUAUUCAAGUUAUGUAGUAUGCAAGUUAAACUGUGAUAAAUACUGUAUGUAUGAAUAAAUAUACUUAUAUUAGUAGGUGUUAAAGUUGCACCUCUAAAUGUUUUGGAGAAACAGUGAAUAACGUAAACAAUGAACAAUAGGUGACCUCUUACAGGCCUGUAAUAUCACACUAAGUGUGCUUUCUUGCCACCUUAGUCAACGAACACCUUCACAAAGCAUUAGGACCUAUAUAAAGGUCAUGGAAUCUGUGCCUUAAUUUCUUUUUUGUGUGUCUGUUCCACUGUGAAUUUGUGUUACUUGAAUGAACAAUAAAGCUUGUUUUAAUACUUGAA